AUGUUAUCUUCAAGUGAAGAACUAAUUUCUACAUCAUCAGAUAAUUCAUCAUUAUCUUUAAAUCAUGGUGAUCAAUUAGAAUUUUUCUGUAAUAAUCAUUUCUUACCAACAACAAUAAACGAUAAUCAAUGUAUUGAUAUAUUAAAAGAUUUACAAAUAUCUUAUAAUCAAUUAGAAAGUCAAUAUUUAAAAUCAGUUCAUGAACUUGAAUAUAAAUUUCAAGAAAAAUGUUCAUAUUUAUUUGAAAAACGUUCAGAUAUAAUCAAUGGAAAAUAUGAACCAAACGAUGAUGAAUGUCAAUUAAAAACUGAUUUUCUCGAAACAAAUGAUACACAACUAUCAAAUACUGAAUUUGGAAUUCCAUCAUUUUGGUUACAAACUCUUAAACAAGUACCAAUGAUUUCUGAUUUAAUUAAAGAAUGGGAUGAACCAUUACUUAAAUGUCUUUAUAAUAUUAAACUUCAAUUACAUAUUGAACCUAUAACUGGUUUUACACUUGAAUUUUAUUUUAAUGAACAAUCAAAAAAGUAUUUUACAAAUGAUAUUCUAACGAAAUUUUAUGAAAUUCAAAUCGAACCUGAUAACGAAGUACUUUCCUACGAGGGUACAGCAAUUAUACGUUCGAUAGGUUGUCAAAUUAAUUGGAUAGAUACAAAAACAAACGUGACAAAAAAUAGUAAAACAGGUGAAUUACAAUCAUCAUUUUUUCAUUUUUUCACAUCAACAACUAUUAAUGAUGAUUGGCAAUUAGCAACUGAUUUUCAAAUAGGUCAUUAUAUACGCGAAAAUAUUAUACCAAAAGCUAUACUUUAUUAUACAGGUGAAAUAUUCGAUGAAUAUGAAUAUGAUGAUGGUGAUAUUAAUGAACAACAAAUUUCAUUAAUAGAACAAGUUGGAGAGGGAGAACAUUUAUAA